AUGGCUGCCCCUUCCCAGCAGCCAUCUUGGGCCCCCGGCCACAGCCAGGAGGCUCAGCUGCUGGCCACCCUCAGCCAUGGCACGGUGGCCCUGUGUCUCCUCUACUACACCCGCCUGCAGCGAGGGCGGCGCUUGCGCGAAGCUGCCCGCCGGCAGCGGAUUGCCCGCCACCACCGGGCCCAGGCCCGGUCACGCCAACGCUUUGCCUUGCUGUGGCUCUGCCGGAUGCUGGUGCGAUCCCCUGGCACGGACGGGCUUUGCCAGGAGGCGGGCGGCGGAGGGGGCGGCCUGCCAUGCUUGCUACGUGAGCGGCGCUUGUGGAGCAAGGCCCGGAGCUCGGCCUUCUGGGAAACCGUGCGAGCCAAAGCGUUCAGCCCCUGGGAGUGGGUUGAGAACUUCCGCGUGGCUCCCGGCACGUUUGACUACCUCUGUGCCCAGCUGCGAAACGCCAUUCAGCGCCGGGACACAAACAUGCGCCGGGCCAUCCCAGCCGACGUGCGCCUGGCCAUGACCCUCUGGCGCCUGGGAGCCUGCACAGAGUACCGGGCUGUGGAGCAGCUCUUUGGUGUGUCACGCUCCACUGUCUGCAAGAUCCUGCGUGAUGUCUGCGAAGCGGUCGUGGGUAUCCUGACACCGUUGUAUGUGCGUCCUCCUGACCCUGCCGAAGUGGCCGCGGGGAACGGCUUUCCCUUGCCCCAGCUGGCCGGUGUCUUGGGAUCCCUCCACGUGCCCAUCCGGGCACCCAAUGAAAACGCUGCUGGUUAUUACAACCGCCACGGCUGGCAUUCGGUGGUUGUGCAGGCUGCGGUUGAUUCUCGUGGUUGUUUCUGGGAUAUCAACGUUGGCUGCCCUGGGAGGGUGAUGGAGCCCCAAGUCUUGUGCACGUCUGAGCUGUAUCAACGAGCCCAAGAGGGCGAUCUCUUCCCAGGAGCAUCCCAAGUGGUCAGGGGAGUCCAGGUCCCUGUCUACCUGCUGGGCAGCUGCUCAUACCCUUUCCUCCCAUGGCUCAUGCGCCCCUAUCGCAACGAGGUUCUGACGUCAGCCCAGCAACGCUUCAAUGAGUAUGCAGCCGCCGCACGGACGGUAGUCGGUGUGGCCUUUGGACGCCUGCGUGGGCGCUGGCGCUGCCUCACCAAGCGCAACGAUACAGACGUCUCCUUUCUGCCAACCCUCAUCGCUGCCUGCUGCACCCUCCACAACGUCUGCGAGGCUCGGGGUGACGCCUUCCAGUCAGGUUGGAUGGAAGAGGAGGAAGAGCAACCGGAGGAACAUCCGUUCGAUGACGGUGAGGAGGAAGACGAGGAGGCAGUGGAGAUCCGGGAUGCGCUGGCUUCAGCAUUGAGGGGCUGA